CCCCUUCAAUUAAGACAGAGAGAAAGAUACCAGUCCUUGGAGCACACAACGCUGCUGAAAUUAUGGCCGAGGAGAGCAUCACUAGCCAAACAAUACAAACAGAUUCCAAUUUUGAAGUUCCUCCGGGCAAAGUCCAGCCCAGCCGCAUACCUAUGAAUCUUAAAUUGCUCGAAUCAGCAAGAUCAGGAGACAGAAGAAUCCUGGAUGAGUUACUACGAACAGGAGAUACCCGCUGCCUCUUUGGAGUUACACUGGAGGGGAACACAACCCUCCAUAUAGUUGCUAGCCGAGGACAUCUCGAGUUUGCCAAGGAGAUCUGUCGUAGAGAGAUCUCUCUUUUGGCAGCACCAAACACGAGGCUCGACACUCCAUUGCAUUGCGCUGCAAGGGCCGGGUAUGACGAGAUAGUCACCUCCAUCAUCAAGUUUGCAAGGCAUAAAGGAAUCAAAGAAAGAGUGUUGAGGGCGAGGAACAGGGACGAGGCGAAUGCUUUGCAUGAGGCCGCCAAAUAUAACCAUGUGGGCGUGGCCAAUGUACUGAUGAACGAGGAUGUCGGACUGGCAUCCUUGCUGAAUGAUGCCGGCAUGUCUCCGCUCUAUCUGGCCAUCGUGACAGGAUCCCUUGAUGUAGCCAGAGCCUUGCUACGGUCUACCUCCUGGAAGAAAGUUUCUUCAGAAUCUUACACAGGCCCUAAUAAGAACACGGCAUUGCAUGCAGCAGUCCUCCUGAGUCCAGAAAUUACACAAGACUUAUUGGAUCGGGAGCCAGAGCUCGCCAAAGGUGUUGGUUUCUUGGAGAAAAUUCCUCUUUAUUAUGCAGCUUCAGAUGGUCAUCAUGAUACGGUGAAGCUAUUAUUAGAGCGGGAUCCCUCUACAGCCUAUCUUUCAGAAGCCAAUUAUGGCUUAUUUCCCAUACACAUUGCAGCUAUGAUGGGAAACGUUUCUAUAGUUGAUGAGAUUUUAAAACAGUGCCCGGAUACAGAUGAAUUAUUAGACAAGGAGGGAAAUAAUUUUCUUCAUGCCGCUUUCAAACGGCGAAGGUUAGAUGUGGUCAAGAAAAUUAUCUCCAAGAGACCGGAUCUCAGGAAGCUGUUAAAUGACCAGGAUAACAAGGGAAACACGCCGUUACACACGGCUGUUAAAAACAGUGACAAAGCGAGCGUGUAUUUUCUUCUCCGGGACAAAACCAUAUGCGUCAACGUUAUCAACCACGACGGCUUCACCCCUCUCGACUUGGCUUACCAAUUGUCGGAUAGAGGCCUGCAAUUCCGGAUGAAUGCAAAAGUCUGCAUUACCAACUGCUUGGCUUUAACAAAUGCUCUGUCCGGUCCACGAGAAAUAUUUCAUGAUAUAGAGAGCGGCAAAUUAUCCAGUGGUGAGACCAAAGAGAAACUGUCCGGCGAUGAUAAGUUCAAAAAAGAAUCAUCCAACGUCGAGGACAAGGAAAUCACUAAACAGGUGGAUUUAGCCAAAAAUUACGGGAUUGCUACGGUGUUGAUUGCUACGGUCACAUUUGCUGCUGGUUUCACCGUCCCCGGAGGGUAUAUAGCUGAUGAUCAUCCAGGCCGUGGCAGAGCGGUUCUAGCAAAAGAGUAUGCCUUCAAGGUAUUCCUAGUCUCAGAUGCCUCCGCGUUGGUCUGCUCCAUCGUAGCCACAUUCUGGCUCAUGCGUGCAGGAACGUCGACAGUUGAUAGACCUACUCGCAUACGAGCCUUUAAGUGGGCUUUAAAAUUUCUACAGGUGGCAUUUCAGGGCAUGUCCACUGCAUUCGCUAUGGGUAUAUAUGUAGUGUUGCCUCCCAGCAGCAAGCAUAUCAGCAUUCUUUUAUGCAUCAUUGCUCUCGGAGCCCCCCUUUUAGCUGAUAUGCUGUCAAUUUAUAAGCUCUGUGUUUUGCUGAUAACAGUAGGAAUCAGGAAAGGGUACAGACAAUGUAUUUGCCCAACAAUACACCUGCUUGAUAAGAAACGUCUUGGUGAUUUUUUGCUGCACGGUAGACGUCUCAUUAUUUUGCUGCUUCUGACAUUGGGCCUUUAUCCUUUCUUUUUCCUGUCAGCUAUGCUCUAGGUGUGUAAAAAACGAAACAGCAGUUGUCAGCAUGCAUGGCUGACAGGAGUCCAAAGAUAGCUUGGGCAUUGCAUUGGGAGUUAUUUUUUAUU